AUGCCAGUGUUCUUCGUGCAAACGCUCUUUGUCGCGAUCCUGAUGACCACGGUGGUCAUAGGUCACGCCGAGCCCGCGGGCAAAUCGACGAUCUUCAGGUCCACGUUGGAUGAGCUCGGUCAGGAAGACGAGGACAAUAACGCGGUGGUCGUUGAAGCCAUCAGUGAUUUCGACGCUCGAUUCGACACGAGAGACGGCCGCGGCAUCCUAUGGAACGGGAUCUCGAAUCGCGACUCCUGUCUGACAUCGAAAGGCGAAAUCGGCCGUUGCACCGGCUUCAAGGAAUGUUACCCUUACUUCAAAAUCCCUGAUCUGAGCCCUCUCGACGGCUGGGUGCUUGGCGUUUACGACACCUGUAGCUACAUUCGCGAAAAUGGUCAAACGAAUUUCGGAAUCUGUUGCUCGAAUCUACUACCGGUUGUUACAUCACCGUCGGACAACAAGGACGAGGACCCAAUCGAUCCGAUCAUAGAAGACCCCCAGCCGACUAAUGAAAAGUAUAACGAACCGCCCACCAUCAAACCAAGGCCACAACAACCCGGUGGCUGGCCACCGCCGAUCCCAACGCAUCCACCUGAUCACACGUUGCCACCGUUGCCCACCCAUCCGCCGUACCUCGAGUUACCGACGAUCUCCACGGUGAAACCAGUUUCCAGCUCGAAAAAACCAGGCCUUGGCACCACCUGGCCGACGAAGAAACCCGCCUGGUGGCCAGGCGCGCCGACCACCACCGGGAGACCGUCGACGUCGUCGUCGUCUAGUGUCAUCCCGGUCGCGGACACAUCCCAAUGCGGGGCGAAGAACGGUAUUCAGGAUCAGGAACGCAUCGUUGGCGGCCAGAAUGCCGACCCAGGCGAGUGGCCUUGGAUCGCGGCCCUCUUCAACGCUGGCAGACAGUUCUGCGGCGGUUCGCUCAUCGACGAUAAACACAUUCUCACCGCGGCUCAUUGCGUUGCCAACAUGAAUCCUUGGGACGUGGCAAGACUAACGGUCCGACUUGGUGACCAUAACAUCAAGACCAACACGGAGGUCAGACACAUCGAGCGGCGAGUGAAACGUGUAGUCAGACACAGAGGCUUCAAUCUACGCACCCUGUACAACGAUGUCGCGCUUCUCACUCUCAGCGAACCUGUCCCGUUCACGGAACAAGUACGACCAAUUUGCCUGCCAAGCGGUUCACAGCUGUACUCUGGAAAGACGGCUACAGUUAUCGGCUGGGGUUCCUUGAGAGAAAGUGGACCGCAACCAGCAGUCCUUCAAGAGGUCUCGAUACCAAUUUGGUCGAACAAUGAGUGUAAAGUGAAGUAUGGCGCGGCAGCACCUGGUGGUAUUGUGGACAGCUUCUUAUGCGCAGGAAAAGCUGCGAAGGACUCUUGUUCAGGUGAUAGCGGUGGUCCCUUGAUGGUCAACGACGGACGUUGGACCCAAGUGGGUGUCGUCAGCUGGGGCAUCGGAUGCGGGAAAGGUCAAUAUCCAGGUGUCUACACGAGAGUAACGCAUUUCCUGCCCUGGAUCACUAAGAACCUGAAGUAAAAAUACGGCAGGGAAUAUUCUGCUCUUGCUUAAUGUAGUAUUUCGCUCGUUAUCAUCCUCAUCAUCAUCAUCCAAGCACACGAUACAUUAUCAUAUAGGAUAAAUAAGAUGUUUUGUAGACACACGAACCUAACAGGCUUCUUCAUAUCAUUCGUCGAGAAAACCCAUCAACGCUGCCACAUACUUGUUUUAUGCCGACCAUAAUCAUGAUCGAACAGAAACGUAUAGUUAAA